AUGGCGCAGCGGAAUUUCCUGGGCAACCCUACCCAGGGUGGCCAGUGCUACCGACAGAUCACAGUGGAGCAGGAGUAUUGCUUUGACCCGACGUCACAAAGCAACUGCUACCACGAGCCGCGGAUCCGUAACCUGGCGUCCGGCCGUUCCGUCUUCUUUGCGGUGCAGCCCAAGUUCACCAACGUGGACAUCCGCAUCACGGUGGACGUGACCUUCGGCCAACUGGACGUCUACCUGUCCGACUCGCACUCCUCCUUCACCGUGUCCGUGCACCCGCUCACGGGACGGCACAUGCUGCAGCUGACGGGCCAGACGCAGACGCAGACGGGCGGGGAGAGCCUGCGGCGCAGACGUGAGACGGGUAGACGUGGCCGGGCGGUGAACGGCAGCCAGCCGGCGGAGAGCGGUGGAGGCGUGGUGGAGCAGCGUGCCGGAGGACUCACCACCUAUGUGACGGUGGUUCGCCCACGGACGGUGCUGGUUGUACGGGCUCUGCGGGAGAGGCUGGUGGUCACCUUCCCGUAUCAGCGGCACGCCCUGAAGACCCAGCGCUUCUUCCUGGCGCUGGUGGGCACGGCCGAGGGCGAGACCCAGGGGCUGCUCUUCUUCCGGCAAGACCAGGCCCACAUCGACCUCUUUGUCUUCUUCAGUGUCUUCUUCUCCUGCUUCUUCCUGUUCCUGGCCGCCUGCGUUCUCCUGUGGAAGGCCAAGCAGAGCGCCGAGGAACGGCGGGAGCAUCGCCGGCAGCUGCAGGAGAUGGACAAGAUGGCCAGCCGCCCGUUUGCCCGGCUCACCGUCUACCUGGAGCCCACGUCCGCGCCGCUCCCGACAUCCGCCGUUUUGCCCCCACCUCCACCUCGUCAGCGUCCACGGCUCGCGCCCGGCGGCACGGGCACGUCACCGGCGGCGGCUCGUCUUCCACCGGCAACGCCAGCCGCCAGGCCCGGACCCCUCACCCUGGAACCCACCGAGGAUGGGCUGGCCGCCGUGGCAACGUUGCUGUUCCACAUGCCCGGCGGGACCAUGGCCUCCAACCGCGCAUGCCUGGGCUCGGCGCUGGUGGCUCUGCGCCACAACCUGCAGGAGUACUGCACCGCUGCAGCCGCGCAGGCCGCUGGCAACGCCCGCAAGAGAGCAGGAGGGGGUGGCGGGCAUGAGCUCACCCCAAUGUCCUUGUGAUGGGGGCGGGGGGGAGACUAACCGGACACUCACCCCCCCCUCUCCUCCUCCUCCCCACCUCAUCCACACCGCACCUGACAAUACACAACAGGAGGAGACCAUUCAGCCCUUCCAGCCAGCACCGCCAUUCAAUGUGAUCAUGGCUGAUCAUCCACAAUCAGUACCCCGUUCCUGCCUUCUCCCCAUAUCCCCUGACUCUCUCUCGCUAUCUUUAAGAGCCCUAUCUACCUCUCUCUUGAAAGAAUUCUCUCCAGAGAACCGGCCUCCAUCGCCCUCUGAGGCAGAGAAUUCCACAGACUCACCACUCUCUGUGUGAAAAAAAGUGUUUCCUCGUCUCUGUUCUAAAUGACUCGCCCUUUAUUCUUAAACUGUGUGGCCCCUGGUUCAAGAUUCAAGAUUCAAGAUUCAAUUUAUUUGCCAUUCUGGAUCUGGAUUUGUCAUUUCUGGAUUUGUCAUUCUGGUUCUGGACUCCCCCAACAUCGGGAACAUGUUUCCUGCCUCUAGCGUGUCCAAACCCUUAACAAUCUCAUAUAUGUUUCAAUAAGAUCUCCUCUCAUCCUUCUAAACUCCACAGAGUGUACAAGCCCACAGCCGCUCCACAUUCUCUCAGCAUAUGACAGUCCCGCCAUCCCGGGAAUUAACCUGGUGAACCUACGCUGGGCUCCCUCAAUAGCAAGAAUGUCCUUCCUCAAAUUAGGGGACCAAAACUGUACACAAUACUCCAGGUGUGGUCUCACCAGGGCCCUGUACAACUGCAGAAGGACCUCUUUGCUCCUGUACUCAACUCCUCUUGUUAUGAAGGCCAACAGGCCAAAACUGCACACAAUACUCCAGGUGUGGUCUCACUAGGGCCCUGUACAACUGCAGAAGGACUUUGACCUUUGACCCUGUGAGGAGGGGGGGGGGAGAAUGGGAAGGGGAGGGGGGAGCCCUAUCCCAUUGCCCCUCCCCCCCCCCCUCACGACCACAACACCCUACCCCCACCGACACAUGUACUCAGAAGGUCAGGCAGCAGCCGUGGAGAGACCUGGCAAUGGGCAGGUGGCGAUUUGAGGCUGGACCCAUCUUCCCCCUCAUCUCCUUCCUAAAGGAACGUCCUUUAAUUCUGAGGCUGUGCCCUCUGGUCCUAGACUCUCCCACUAGUGGAAACAUCCUCUCCACAUCCACUCUAUCCGGGCCUUUCACUAUUCUGUACGUUUCAAUGAGGUUCCCCCCUCAUCUAAACUCCAGCGAGUACAGGCCCAGUGCCGACAAACGCUCAUCAUAGGCAAACAGUGCUGUCUGUACAGAUGCUGCCUGACCUGCUGAGUUCCUCCAGCACUUGGUUCUUUUUCCCACUCAUCUACCUACAUGUCUGAUCUCCCGGUUUGCCAAACACUUUAACUCCCCCUCCCAUUCCCACACUGACCUUUCUGUCCUGGGCGUCCUCCACUGUCAGAGUGAGGCCCAGCGCAAAUUGGAGGAACGGCAUCUCAUAGAAACAUAGAAAUUAGGUGCAGGAGUAGGCCAUUCGGCCCUUCGAGCCUGCACCGCCAUUCAAUAUGAUCAUGGCUGAUCAUCCAUAUCCCAUAUGAUCUCAGUAUCCCAUACCUGCCUUCUCUCCAUACCCUCUGAUCCCCUUAGCCACAAGGGCCACAUCUAACUCUAAAGAGGGAGUGCAGAGAAGGUUCACCAGACUGAUUCCUGGGAUGUCAGGACAGUCUUAUGAAGAAAGACUGGAUAGACUCGGUUUAUACUCUCUAGAAUUCAGGAGAUUGAGAGGGGAUCUUCUAGAAACUUACAAAAUUCUUAAGGGGUUGGACAGGCUAGAUGCAGGAAGAUUGUUCCCGAUGUUGGGGAAGUCCAGGACAAGGGGUCACAGCUUAAGGAUAAGGGGGGAAAUCCUUUAAAACCGAGAUGAGAAGAACUUUUUUCACACAGAGAGUGGUGAAUCUCUGGAACUCUCUGCCACAGAGGGUAGUCGAGGCCACAGUUAAUUUGCUAUAUUUAAGAGGGAGUUAGAUGUGGCCCUUGUGGCUAAGGGGAUCAGAGGGUAUGGAGAGAAGGCAGGUACGGGAUACUGAGUUGGAUGAUCAGCCAUGAUCAUAUUGAAUGGCGAAUGGUGCAGGCUCGAAGGGCCGAAUGGCCUCCUCCUGCACCUAAUUUCUAUGUUUCUAUCCUGGAGUAACUCAGCAGAACAGGCAGCAUGUCUGGAGAAAAGGGAUGGGUGACAUUUCUGGUCGAGGCCCUUCUUCAGACUGAAGUGUUGAUCUAAAACGUACCAAUUUCUUCUCUCCAGAGAUGUUGCCUGUCCCACUGAGUUACUC